AUGAGUUCGAUCAAAGCUCGCGGUUCUACUUCUGUUAGUACAUCGAGUGUUGUUGAUUCUGUGGUGGACAAUCCCUGUUGGGGCAAUCCUCAAAACUGCAGUCUGUCGCAUUUGUUGACUUUGAUCCAACGAGAAGAGCAAAUCCUGUGGGAAUCUCCAGACUACAUUUUGCUCAACAAACCUGCGGAUUUGCGGAUGGACGGCGAGUAUCCUUCGUCGGUCUUUAAGCUAUUGACCUUUUGGUAUCCUCCUCCUUCCUUGCAAGGGCUGGAGGAGGAAACAUUGCUGGAACAACUACAAACGUUGCACAAUCAUUCCCAGAUUGGCGACAAUGAACUGCGACCUUGUCAUCAGUUGGAUUAUGCCACUUCGGGAGUUCUGCUGAUGGCACGAUCGGCUCCCGCAGCUACCUGGGCAUCCUCCUGCUUUGAGCACCGCCAAGUCCAAAAGACCUAUUUGGCCAUUCUUCAUGGACACUUGACCACCAGUACUCUUGCCCACAAGAAUCUACCUGUCAUUCCACAAGACAAAGUCCACACAUUUCUACAACAGCAAGAAACCGCAUAUCGAAAACGACAGAAAAAGACACGCAAAGGUACCUUUCAAGGAUAUCAACCACCCAAUGCCUUUCUGCAAAUCUACAAGGGACGAUAUCCUCGUCGUCGGCAACAAGAAGCAACCAAAAAGCGAAAACGAAAUGAAAAACUCUCGCCCGAACAAUGGAGCCAAGUAGAUGCCGCCUUGCAAUUGUCCACUGAGCAUCAAGCACAUCUGGCACAACUCUCCUUUCAAGAAAUCAAAAAACAACCCACAUUGCUGCAAGGACUGACUCGCGCCACUGACUGUUACAACAGCUUUUUGCGAGAGAUUCUUCGCCCCUCCAACAAUGACGUUGACGACCAGAACAAUCUACCACCAUUAUUCCGAGUCAAAGAGGAAGAAAACACCUUUUACAUUUAUUUAUCCGUCGCUCAAGUGGACAAUGAAUUUUCCAUGCGGAUUCCAGUCGCACACGAAUGGCUGGCAACUACUGCUACUACUGCCGACACACCCAACAACCAACUCAAUUUCAAAGUGGCAUUGACCAAAUGCCACAUUGUGCAAACAACACACCUCCACGGGCAUCCGGUGACCAAGGUACGGUUGGAACCGCGCACGGGACGACGCCAUCAGUUGCGCGUCCCAUUGUUGGAGAUCAAACCUAUGAGUGCCCAAACUCGAAAAUAG